UGAUAUAAAAUCAGUUCCUUGUUUGAAAAAGAAAGUGAAAAAAAUCUCUCUCUAUAUGUAUUUAUUUUCUGCCCGCCAUUACAACAUAUUAUUUUAGGAAAAAUAUAGCAGAAUGAUGACCACUUUUUUAUUCUUUUUUGUUUCUUCAUUGAUUUUUGUUUCAAUUGAAAGUCACUUUGUUAAUAUCACCAUACUUCAAAGAGCCGUUGCAAAAGGAGCCGUUUGCUUGGAUGGAACUCCGCCAGCAUACCAUCUUGAUAGAGGAUCAGGCACAGGAGUGAAUAAUUGGGUACUAUCAAUUGAGGGAGGUGGAUGGUGCGAAAAUGUUACACAUUGUCUUCAGAGGAAGAAUAGUAAGUUGGGAUCUAGUGCAAAAAUGGGUAACCAAGUAGCUUUCUCUGGGAUGAUGAGUAAUGAUCCCAAGCGUAAUCCAGGUAAUCUGUUAUGCCCCUAUUGUCUCUCUAUGUUAAUUUUAAACAUUGAUGCUUUGUUAUGAGUUGGUCUUUUGGAAACAACUCUAUGAGGUAGGAAUAUAAGGAAUGUGUUCACCUACUCUUCCGGCCAGGUCUCACCGAGCGGGAUUACACUAUGUUGUUGUUAUACAACUUAGUUUGAUUAAAGCUCAGUUUAUACUAUGGCUGUUAAGUGGGUCGGGCCGGGCCGGGCCCAACAGCAAAAAAAAUAAAAAAUCAUCCUAACC